CUGAGGAAGGGGGAGGAAGGAAGAUACGGUGGAACAUUCUGUGACUGUGAGCUCCGUAUUUGGGGAUGUAGAUGUGUGUGUUGGGGGGAGUGGACUUGGAUUUCCUGUCUGUCUGUGUGGGUUAAAAUGAGAGCUCAGAGCGCUGAUAGCUCUCAAAACUCUGGAUCAUGCUGAAAGACCUGUGGGACACAGACCACUGGACAAAGUUCUGCUGCCUCUUUCUCUUGGGAAGUCUGUAAACAUGAAGCUGUUUCUGGUUCUCAUUAUUCUGCUGUUUGAGGUACUCACAGAUGGGGCAAGACUCAAAAAAUGCUUCAAUAAUGUAACAGGCUAUUGCAGGAAGAAAUGCAAGGUAGGAGAAAUACAUGAAAUAGGAUGUCUAAGUGGGAAAUUAUGUUGUGUUAAUGAUGAAGAAAACAAAAAACAUGUGCCAUUUAAGAAGCCACAUCAACAACCUGUUGAGCUGAGCGUGCAGCAGGAUUACGUCAUCUUACCCACCAUCACCAUUUUCACAGUCUAAUCCUAAAUCAAGCCCUUGUCUCGCUGGUCUCCA